AUGGUGAUGCACCCAUUGAAUGUCUGUGGAUGGAUCUAAAACUACUUCUAAGAAAAAGAAACGAGCUGCAUUAACUGUUAAUAUAAAUGGAACUAGAUACGAUGUAGUUCGACGAUGUGCAGAAGCUCUUGGGUACAAAACCACUACCGAAAAUGAUGAAUCCUUCAUCAUUUGGUCUGACCACACAAUAAAUGCAGAGAGAUGUGCUGAAUUAAAACCUUAUCAGAGAAUCAAUCAUUUUCCUGGUAUGGGGGAGAUUGCCAGGAAGGAUUGUCUUGCCAGAAACCUUCAGAAGAUGCAAAAGACACAAUCAGAUGAAUAUGAUUUCUUUCCCAAGACUUGGACUUUGCCAGCAGACUACACCACUCUCAUGAAUUAUUAUCUGGAUUUGAAGAAAAGGAGAAAAUGUAAAACAUUUAUAUGUAAGCCAUCAAAUGGUGCCAUGGGCAAUGGAAUACAUCUCCUUCAAAACUUGGAGAAAUUAAAUAUGCAUGACAAUUUGGUGGUACAGGAAUAUCUAGAAAGACCUUUGAUUGUAGAUGGAAUGAAGUUUGAUCUUCGCAUUUAUGUGUUAGUCCUGUCAGCUGAUCCUUUAAAGAUAUUCUUAUAUGAUGAUGGACUUAUGAGAUUCAGUACUAAUGAAUAUAUGCCACCCACUGAGAAAAACUUAGAUAACAUGUACAUGCAUCUGACUAAUUACAGUAUAAACAAGUCAAGUGAAACGUAUGACAACUGUGAUGAUGAAAACAAGGGAAGUAAGCGAAGUAUCAAAUACUUAAAAAUGUGGAUGGCAAGUCAUAACUACAGCUUUACUAUACUUUGGAACAGCAUAACAGAUAUUGUAAUCAAGACACUGAUUGUUGCUGAACCAUAUUUGCUUCAUACUUAUCGCAUGGCACGUCCUGGAACAACAUCUUGUUCAUCAAGCAGUGUGUGCUUUGAAAUUCUUGGUAUGGAUAUUUUUAUUGAUCGAAAGUUAAGACCCUGGCUUUUAGAAGUGAAUAGGAGUCCAAGUUUUGGCUGUGAUAGCAAAGUUGAUGCAGAUAUUAAAUUUGAUGUUAUAAGAACUGCUUUCAGUUUGUUGAAUUUAAAACCAAGUGAAAAGUGGAGAGCUUUAGCUGCACAAAAGCAACUGAGUCGAGCAAGACUGUUAAAACCAAGAAACAACUUGCAAAGGAAAACUCAGUUUAGCGUCAGAAAGACAUUCCUACGAUCUCAGCUGCAUGAGUUAAGAAAAGUGUCAGAGCAGACCAAGUAUGAAGAUAAAAACUCUGGGAAAUAUCAUAGAAUAUUCCCUGCACGUUCCUCAAAGCAACCUGAAUACAUCAAGAUGCUCAAUGGGGCUUUCAAAACGUUUUUAGCUGGCAGAGGUAGCAUGUUGGAACAAAAGUCCCACCACGGAAUGCUGCAACAUCUCAGAGAAUCCGAGUUACUCGACAUGUUACAACAGUGCGAGUUUGAAGAGCAAACAGCUCAAAGUCAGUCCAGUGUUCAAGCUCAACCCAAACCUGUACCCAAGAUACAACCCCUUGCUAAGUUGAGACCCUGGUCAUCUCCUCCUGUGUCACCGUUCUUGUUUUCUCGAUACACAUCCUCCCCUUCCUCACUUCCAAGUAACAUCAACACUUCUCAUGCUGGUUCAGAACACAAUUUACAUUCUUACGGGGAGAGGGCACGGAGGUUACGCAUGAACGACGAUAUGGAAGUCUCCAUGCGAAAAUCUAAUGCCCUACUUCUCAAACAGAUCGAUUCUCUUUUUAAAAACGAUCGUGAGACUACGAGUGGGACACCGGACUCUCAGGAGACUUUUAAAAAAGACCUUAGUCAAGUUGCCAGAAAACCCCAAAUACAAAAGGUUCCUUUCAGGUCAAAAAAAAUAGUGUUCAAUUCAAUAAUCAAGUACAAGAAUAAGUCUAUGUUAUCAUGCAGCAUCAACAAUCUCGGGGAGAACUCAUUGGAUUUGUCAAGACGACCUAUACGGGCUAAAAAGUGUUGCCACAACCGGUUUUGUUCCUGUCCCGAGUUGUGUUCAAGACUGGGGAACUAUCACAUCAAGUCGUCACGAUAGCUCCAAGUUUAGGAAUUAAAUAUCUUACUAGAAUUCAGUACUUACAGGUGUGCUACUGGUUCCGUUGAAAUGCAAUAGAAAUGUGGUUGAAUCUGGGGUCUUAUCUUCUACUACAUGUUAUUCUGAUUAAUAAAAACUCAGUUUCGACUACAUUUCGUCGGCACUUGGACCACCCAAUCUCGAUGGGACCUGUAGAAUACCUGGCAUUCAACAUAUCAUACAAUAUUUAUUGCAUGCUUUGUACUUAUAAUGCACUAUUCUAAAUGCUGAAAAAAAUAUAUGUUGUACCGUUUUAUCGUAUCAAUCUCAUAUUUUCUUAUCUAAAAUUAUUGCUGAAAAUGUUAAUCCUACUUGUUUGUACUCAUAUUUAACCGUUCCAACCGUAUUAACUUCAAUUAGUUUAAAUUGUAUAUUAAUGGACUGUUAUUUUAGCAUUAUAGAUUAUAGUUUAUAGGCUAGAAUUCCAAUUGUAAUAAUAUAUAAAUCCAGAUUUUUGUAAGGUAAUAUUGAUUGAGUAUUUGUGAGGCGAUAUUUUAACGAGUAAAUAGAAGCAAUAAAAUGAUUAUUUGUUCAAUUGAUAAUAUGUGAUUGAUAGUCAACUUGUGAAUUAUUAUUCUCUUGAUCCCUUUAGCUCUGUCUGUUC